AACUGCUUAGAUAGGGAGAGCGAUCGUCGUCUUUUAUUAAUGUCGCGGUUUGCUGCGCACGCAACGCUGAUUGCGUGGAUUGCAGUGGUUCUUACGACAUAUCUUUGAACGGUCGACCUUUGUAAAUUGACCCACGACUAUCAAUUAGCAGCCACGAUAAAACUUAAUAAUAGGCUGGGAAGCUAAACAAUUUCCACUCUUACUGAUAGAAUGUGCAUUGCUAUCAGUGUACGUAGAUUACAAUUAGCGAGCAGUAUGCCUUCCACGAGCUUGAUUAGGUUCAGAAGUGUUUCAAACGUGAUCUGGAUCAGUUGUUUGGUGAAGUAUUAAAAUGAACCAACCCGACCAUCCCAUCGUGACCACGCGUUAUGGACCAGUGCGGGGCGUAAGAAAAGCCGCCGGAACCGGUGUAGAGUAUCUCAACUUUCAAAAGAUACCCUACUGUAAACCACCGGUUGGUGAGCGACGAUUCAAGGAUCUGGAGGUGCCGGAACCAUGGACCGAACCGCUGGACUGUACGCAGCAAGGUCCGAGUGGCUAUCAGUUCAACAAGCUGUUGAACAAGAUCGUUGGCAGUGAGGAUCAUCUGUACAUUAAUGUGUUCACAAAGGAGCUAAAACCGGAGAAAUUACGUCCGGUGAUGUUAUGGAUACACGGUGGAGCAUUUAUGCGUGGCUCUAGUGGAACGGAAAUGUACGGCCCAGAUUAUCUUAUUCAAAAGGAUAUCGUUUUGGUAACGUUCAACUAUCGCAUUGGAGCAUUCGGAUUUCUGUCACUCGAUUCAAAAGAGUUGGCAAUACCUGGCAAUGGUGGUUUGAAGGAUCAAAAUUUGGCCCUUCGCUGGGUGCGCGACAAUAUCGCCCACUUUGGUGGCGAUCCGGAUAAUGUUACACUGUUCGGAGAAAGUGCUGGAGGUUGUUCCGUUCAUUAUCACAUGGUAUCGGAACAAUCGAGAGGAUUGUUCCGUCGGGCGAUCGUGAUGUCGGGAUGUACGCUUAACAAUUGGUCCACGGUGCCUAGGCGUGGUAUGGCCGAACGACUAGCCAAAGCGCUCGGUUGGAAUGGAAAUGGGGGCGAAGCGGAAGCUUUCAAAGUACUAAUGAAAGCAUCCGCUGAGGAUAUUUGUAAGCACCAGGAUUUACUGUUAACUCCAAACGAGCUAGAAAAUCGUAUACUGUUUGCUUUCGGUCCGGUAGUAGAACCUUACCUAACGGAAAACACCUUCAUUCCGAAGAAGCCACUGGAAAUGUGUCGCGAGGCGUGGAGUAAAGAUAUCGAUAUACUGAUUGGUGGUAACUCCGAGGAGGGAUUGUUUUGUUUGAGCGUUAUCAAAGAAGAUCCCUCCAUAAUGGAUAAUCUGAAGAAUUUCGAGUACUUGGUGCCGAUGGAACUAGAGCUAGUACGAAGCUCGCAACUGUGUCGUGCACAUGGUUUAAGGCUGAAAAAGUUCUAUUAUGGUGAAACGAAACCAUCGUUUGAAAAUCGGGAAGGCUAUUUAACGCUAAUGACCGACAAGUUGUUUUGGCAUGGCAUUCAUCGCACUAUCAAUUCGAGGAUUAGUUCGCAAAAGGUGGCAAAAACGUUUGUCUACCGAUUUGCGGUAGAUUCUGAGACGUACAAUCACUAUCGGAUUUACUUCUGUGAUCGGAAUGUACGUGGUACGGCUCAUGCCGAUGAUCUUUCGUAUCUGUUUAAAAACUUGUUCAGUCCGGUGCCAGAAAAGGAUACCCUGGAGUAUAGGACGAUGGAAAGCAUGGUCGAGUUGUUUACUAACUUUGCCAUAAGGGGCACUCCAAAUGGUGGAAUUGUGGGAGAUGUUUGGGAACCAGUUGGGGCCGAAGUGGAUGUGGAUUAUAAAUGUUUGAACAUUAAUAACGCUGGACUGAGCUUUGUUGACCUGCCUGAAAUGAGACGCAUGAAGCUGUGGGACUCUAUCUACAACAAGGAACAGUUGUACUAACAGUU